CUGUUUUAGCGGUGUUCAGCCUCAAUUCGUUCGAAUUGAUUUUAGUACGAAUAGCCUUGUAAACAAAACUGACAACACACAGAGAUGACUUCUCUUGCAAAACAACUUCAGCGUCUAGCUGUUCCUCACACACAGACUAUACUUGGUGAAGAUAAAAAGAAAGCCUCAUUACUGUUUGAUCCAAAAGAGGCAGCGUCUAUUGACAGAGAGACAUUUUAUGCAUUAGGUUUAAAUGGUUUGGAGGAGUUGGAAACUAUUGAUGAGGACUUCAGUGAAUUUGAGACCAGUCUAUUUGGAGACUCCUCCUUGAUGUUUGAGAGAUCUGUGCAGACAAAGGAGAUUAAUGCAAAACUAGACAAGACCAUACAAAAGUUUCUGAUACAUGUGUCACCUUAUUGUCUCCUUAAACCUGCACAUAAAGCUAUUGAAUGGCUAAUUCACAGGUUUCAUAUCCACUUUUACAACACUGAUGGGCUGUUAUUAUGCUUCCUACCUUACCAUGAAAGUAAAAUCUUUGCUAGAGUUCUACAACUGGUGAAAUUUGAUUCAAAAACAGCCUCAAAAUGGGACUUCUUAGAACCUUUACAAAAAUCUGGGGUACACUUGUCUCGGAUGACUUUAGUGAACCACUGUGCCACUGAUGUGGCAUUCCUCUCAUUUGUCUGUGACAUGGUUCCGACAGCUGUUAAGGUUUUAACAGAAAAAGGAGAGAAGCCCAAAUGUAGAGUAUUGUUUUCCUUCUAUGCUACGACGGUGAUAGGAGUCUUGGACACAGCGUCCGAAUCAGAGGUCAUUGUAUCAACUUUAUUACCCCAUGUUACAACAGGAAUGAUGUCAGGUGUCCAUGAAUACAAGGCUGCGUCGUACAUGAUCCUAGCACAGCUUCUUCACAAGAUGAAACUUAAAGCCGAUCUUGUCAAGUCACUGCAACGUGUUCUAGCCAAGAGUAUGAUUCAAGACUUGCUAGGGGAAGCAAUGUCCUGCAUGCUUCUGAUGUUUCAAACACAAGAUGUCAACAAUUAUGGUAUCACUAAAAA